AUGACACUCGUAAUCAACGUCUACAUCUACAACCCGUCGUACCUCGAGCAUGGCGAUGAAGGAAAGACGUCCAAGGAAAUAGAUAUGGCCCAUAUGGACUUGUCAGGCGACAGGGUGAUCCUCACUCAAGAUGUCCUUGACCCUCUCAACUUACCUGGAAACAAUGGCUUCUAUCUUGAGGUCAUUGCUUAUGUUUGUCGCACUAAAGUAGGCGACAAGGUCAUCGACACCUUGACGCGAACGGACCCAACAAAUGAGUUCAGCGUGCACCCGUUUCAAGGCUCCAGCUCGGAUUUCAGUGGCGACACGAGCGAUGAAGUGCCGGAAACCAGAAACGAUGAAAGUGGCAGCGGCGCAGUCGGUGUCGACGAGAGCACUCAAGAAGGUGGAGGAAAUCAGUGUCCCAACACUGACAUCAACGACACCACGGCCGCGACGGACUCGGACGGUGACGAAGGGCGCAACAGCGAUGACCCAAUGUGGCAGCUGCUAGAUCCGGCUGUUGUUUGCUACUUACUCGACCACCCCGAGGAGUUCGAAGGAGCCGACGAAGUUUAUGUUGUGAUAGUUCCAUACAUCGUUCUAGGCUACAUAAGCAUUCGCUUCUUGGUCCGAAAGGAUGUCCAGGGUGCUACAAGGUCAUUCCUGACAACCCCUCCGCUCGCCUUCCUCACACCCACGGGCGGGAUAGCUGCUCGCUCUGUUUCGCGCCCAAUGCCGGCCGCCUAG